UGCUGUCAGUGUCAAGAGAACGUUUGUGAUUUAAUUAUUGAAAUUAAAAUAAAAUAAAAAUUAUUUCUAACCAUUCUAACGAGAUCGAGAUAACUUAAAUAUAAGCUAAAAGGUGUUUAUUUAGAAUUGUGUUCAAGUGUUUAUUAUCUCUAAGCGCCAAACGUGUAAAAAAUGAGUUCCGGAUUUAUAUCUGAAUCGGAAAUUUUGGAAGCCAGACGACGGCGUCAAGAGGAAUGGGAAAAAGUCCGUACAGAAGAUCAGCCUCAAGAAGCCCCAGAGGAGCCGUACGACACGAGGCCACUGUAUCAGCGUUUGGAAGAGCAACGCAUGAAGAAGGAGGCAGAAUAUGAAGAGGCACAUAAGCUAAAGAACAUGAUCAGAGGCCUAGAUGACGAUGAAGUCGGUUUCCUCGACCUGGUAGAAAGGACAAAGGCGGAGGUAGCGCAGCAGAUCAGCAUUGAGGAGCAUAAGGAAAUGCAGGAGUUCAGAGAGCGAGUGUCGAACUUGGCUGAAAGUGAAGAAAUAACUCGGCUAAGAGCCCAGCUGGCGCCCACGAGGUCCACACAGACAAACACGCAGAAGAAUAAACUUCAAGGGGUAGUGGUAAGAAAACGGAAGGCCAGUGAAAUGGAAGGGGAACAGAAACAGGAAAAAGGACCCACACCACCUAAAAAUGGACUUGUCAGUGAGAGUGCACCAAAAAUAGAAGACGUGGAAACACUAGGUGCUAUGCGAUGUGUUGGAGUGCUGCCCGGGCUCGGACACUACUCCGAUAGCACUACAGACAGCGAUGAUUCUUCUGAUAAUGAUGAGAACGACAAAUGCUGCGGUAGAAGAGACUUGCUUGGACGGAAACCGGAGUCGAGCGACAAGAGAAAGGAUGAUUCUAAGAGUUAAACAUUAGUAUUAAGUGUUUUAGAAUUAUCUAUGUAUUUGUAAUAUAUUUUGAUUCCCGCAAUAAAUAUAAUAUAAAAUACACGUGUUUUAGUUUUA